AUGUGGACGUCAACCAUUUUCAUUCUCCUACGUGGGAGCGAGAACGACUGGUCACCUCCAGAAGACGACCCAGGCCAUUUGAGCAGUGACUCAGCUGAGCCUGAGAGUGAGAUCCCGGUGGCCAGAUGGAACCAGGAUCUCCCGGAUGGAUCCGAUGGCGUCUCUGGAGCCUUUGCUGAGCUGCAAGAUGAUUGGACGGGUCGGGAAGCCAAUGAGGUGGUGGCCCUCAUCAAAUCUGCAUUGGCUUUGGCGAGCCUCUACCAACAGAGUGCCCUUAGCAAACUGAGGGCAAAGGCAGAGGCAGAAGAUGCUGAGGCUGACGGGUUAAAGGCUGCCGGCAGAGAGUGGUCUCUGGUGGAAGCGAAACACAAAGCUCAGCAGUUGGAGGAUGAGCGUUUGCGGCAGGAGACGGUCAAAGACGGUUCAGUUAUUGCAGACUGCCACAUCCGCGCCCUUCAGAGCAACGCUCGACAAGGCCGUCUCCUCCAGAAGCGACGCCGAGAAGCGGCACUUCGUGGCUUACUCCACGGCAGAUGCUGA